UGAUGUGGACUCAGGAAAAUCUAUCCUUUUUGUUCCUAAACUCCCAGAAAGCUAUGCUACAUGGAUGGGAGAAAUUUUUUCUAAGGAUCAUUUUCAGCAAAAAUAUGCUGUGGAUGAGGUCCAACACACCUGUGAUAUUGCCGAAGUGUUGUCCAGCCUGGGAGCAGCACUUCUUCUUACUCUGAGGGGAGUGAACACAGAUAGUGGGAGCACCACACGAGAAGCCUCCUUUUGUGGAAUAAACAGCUUUCAAGUUAACAACACCCUCUUAUACCCAGUCAUAGUGGAAUGUUGUCUGCUAAAGACUGAUAUGGAACUGGAGGUCUUGCGUUACACCAACAGGAUUUCCAGUGAAGGUCACAAAAUGGUUAUGAAGAAUGUGAAACCUGGAAAAAUGGAAUAUGAGAUGGAAAGUCUGUUCCAGCAUUACUGCUACACCAAAGGAGGAAUGCGCCAUACCUCGUACACCUGUAUCUGUGGAUCAGGUAACAAUUGCUCCAUUAUCUAUUAUGGGCAUCCGGGAGCUCCAAAUGACAAGAGUAUUUUGGAUGGAGACAUGUGCCUUUUUGAUAUGGGCGGGGAAUACCACUGCUACACGUCAGACAUCACCUGCUCAUUCCCUGCUAAUGGCAAAUUCACUGCAGACCAAAAAGCCAUUUAUGAAGCUGUCCUUAAAUCCUCCAGAUCUGUCAUGGCUGCCAUCAAACCAGGGGUGAAAUGGACUGACAUGCACCGUCUGGCUGACCGUGUACACCUGGAGGAGCUGGUGAAGAUUGGUAUCUUGACCGGUAGUGUUGAAGACAUGAUGAAGGUCCACAUGGGCUCUGUGUUUAUGCCCCAUGGCCUGGGACACCUGCUGGGGAUAGAUGUUCAUGAUGUGGGAGGAUACCCAGAGGGCGUGGAGCGCAUUGAUGAGCCUGGGUUGAGGGUUCUUCUGAUGGGUCGUCCUGUACAAGAGCGUAUGGUCCUCACUGUGGAGCCCGGCAUAUAUUUCAUCAAUCACCUGCUGGACCAGGCGCUGGCUAACCCUACCCAGAGCUGCUUCAUCAACAAUCAAGUACUGGCCCGCUUCAGAGGUUUUGGAGGGGUUCGUGUGGAAGAGAACAUUGCCAUUACAUCAGAUGGCAUAGAGCUGCUGACCAGUGUUCCCCGGACUGUAGAAGAAAUUGAAGCUUUUAUGACUGGGUCCCAACAUUAAGCCAGACAUUGCUGAUUGAUUUUAUAAAAUGUAGUUGAGGCACUACAUGUUUCAUAAUAAUUUCUCUCUGUUUAAAAGAUUUGGCUUAAAAACAGGAAGUAUUCCUUUGCCUGAAAACCAUGAAUAGGCUAUAGUUUUAUAGUGUUUAACCCAACAGAACUUCAUUAUAUUUCCAAAUGGUCUGUAAUGGUAAUCUUUUUACUAUUAAUGAAGAAUUUCUAAACUCCAGGAUAUUCCAGUCAGCCAUGUUGAGGUUAUUCAGAUGCAGAAGGAAAUCAUCUUACCAUAGAAAGGACCAUGGUCUCCUUGCAUUUCUGACAGAGGAGAAAAAAGAAUAAUCUGAUGAGUUUUAUAAGAGCUUGUGGAAAGCAAUUCACUCCACAUGACUUGUUGAGGUUUUCUGAACAUCAUUUUGCCAUGACUGUCUACUAUAGUCCAGUCAAAUUAAACCAAAUUAUCAAACAUCAAGGGUCUUUAGAGUAUUAAGACUACAUUUAGUCUGACAUGUUUAAUAUGUAAACUGAAGAACAUAUUACAUAGUCUUGAAUUGAAUUUAUUAAGGGGUCCCCAAGGGAUUUUCACACCGAUAAUGGCAUUUGCGGCACUGCAGACUUUGGGAUGGCUGCUUUAAUGUAUGGUUUUGCUUUCAUUGCUAUAUUAUGUUGAUUUUUUUUCUUUUUAAAUCAUGAGACUGUUUUAACAUCUG